AGAAAAAGACGGCCCGUCAAAGAGAAUUUCAAGAUGAUAACUUACGUCUUGAAGCACUUACUCACAAAUCUUUUCAUUACGAAAAUCCUAAAACCGGUCCCCAUAACGAACGCCUAGAAUUUCUAGGUGAUUCUAUCGUUUCCUUUGUUGUAGCCAACUAUUUAUUUGGGCGCUUUCCUAACUUCAAAGAAGGUCAACUCACUUUGUUAAGAGCCAAUCUUGUUUGUAAAAAAAAGUUGGCACAGUUUGCUUUACAACUCGGUUUAGACAUGGAUAUUCGACUCGGUGUCGGAGCUUUACGAGACGGUGGAAGAGCAAGUGAAAAGGUCUUGGAAGAUGCUUUCGAGGCUUAUAUUGGUGCCGUCUUUCUUGAUUCAGGUUCAAGCAUGCGUGCAGUUCAGGAAUUUAUGGAGCCAUUAUUAUCACCUGCGGUCGACGAACUUACCUGUUGUCCACCUACCAAUUUGCUACCUUACAAGCAAGAAGCGUCAAAAUCUGACAUGUCAUCAACGGGUUUUAGUUCAUCUGAUCACAUACUCAACUCCGAUCUUCAAGAUCCAAUCAAUAAACUCCAAACGUGGUCUCAACGAAGAGGAUUAGGUAUCCCUGUUUACAAACCUCUCGAGGAAGUUGGUGAGCACAAUGCGAUCUUUUCUGUUGGUGUCUUUAUCGAUGAAGAAUGUUACGGAAGUGGCAGGGCACGUAAUAAGAAAGAUGCAAAGAAAGAAGCCGCUAUCAAUGCCCUCAAGUCUGUUAAUAAUGGGUAUAGUAAUGGUGGGCCUAAAUCUACCACGGCAGGAAAUAGCAAUGGAAUAUUUACGAGUAUUAGCAAUGGGAUAAACACAAUACGGUCUGAACGUCAUUCUAGCAUUUCUC